GUUUUGCGCCCCCUCCCCCUCCCUGCCCACCUCCUGCAGCCUCCUGCGCCUCGCGGAGCUGGCGGAUGGAGCUGCGCAGCGGGAGCGUGGGCAGCCAGGCGGUGGCGCGGAGGAUGGAUGGGGACAGCCGAGAUGGCGGCGGCGGCGGCAAGGACGCCACCGGGUCGGAGGACUACGAGAACCUGCCGACCAGCGCCUCCGUGUCCACCCACAUGACAGCCGGAGCGAUGGCCGGGAUCCUGGAGCACUCGGUCAUGUACCCGGUGGACUCGGUGAAGACACGAAUGCAGAGUUUGAGUCCAGAUCCCAAAGCCCGGUACACAAGUAUCUACGGAGCCCUCCAGAAAAUCAUGCGGACUGAAGGCUUCUGGAGGCCCUUGCGGGGCAUCAACGUCAUGGUCAUGGGUGCAGGGCCGGCUCACGCCAUGUAUUUUGCCUGCUAUGAAAACACGAAAAGGACUUUAAAUGACGUUUUCCACCACCAAGGAAACAGCCACCUAGCCAACGGUAUUUUGAAAGCGUUUGUCUGGAGUUAGAAAGUUCUCUUCUUCAACACAUCCCUCCCCAGGGUGUUCCUCCCUGUGACCCAGCCGCCUCGACUUCGGCCCGCUUGCUCAUGAAUAAAGAACUCAGAGUUGUGUGUGCAACGCACACCCAGACACACGCACACACGCGCACGCGCACACACAUGCUUUUUUCUGUUCCCCUCCGCUUUCUGAAGCCUGGGGAGACAUCAGUGACAGUGGGGGUUUUGGUUUUAUUGUUAUAUGGGUUUUCUUUUUUGUUAUGGUUUUUUUGUUUUGUUUUUAAACAUUCAAAAGCAAUUAAUGAUCAGACAUAGGAGAAACCCUGAAUAGAAACAAAACUUUUGAAUGCUGGAUUCAAAAAAAAAAAAAAGUUAUCUGGACAGCUUCUUUGAGACUAUUUAAAAACUGGUACAACAGGUCUCUACAACGCCAAGACUAACUAAGCUUUAAAAGGGAUAGCUGGGAGUAUGGCCACCCUGCUCCACGAUGCGGUAAUGAAUCCAGCAGAAGUGGUGAAGCAGCGCUUGCAGAUGUACAACUCGCAGCACCGGUCAGCUCUCAGCUGCAUCCGGACGGUGUGGAGGACCGAGGGGUUGGGGGCCUUCUACCGGAGCUACACCACGCAGCUGACCAUGAACAUCCCCUUCCAGUCCAUCCACUUCAUCACCUACGAGUUCCUGCAGGAGCAGGUCAACCCCCACCGGACCUACAACCCGCAGUCCCACAUCAUCUCAGGCGGGCUGGCCGGGGCCCUCGCCGCGGCCGCCACGACCCCCCUGGACGUCUGUAAGACCCUUCUCAACACUCAGGAGAACGUGGCCCUCUCGCUGGCCAACAUCAGCGGCCGGCUGUCGGGCAUGGCCAAUGCCUUCCGGACGGUGUACCAGCUCAACGGCCUGGCCGGCUACUUCAAAGGCAUCCAGGCGCGUGUCGUCUACCAGAUGCCCUCCACCGCCAUUUCUUGGUCUGUCUAUGAGUUCUUCAAGUACUUCCUCACCAAGCGCCAGCUGGAAAAUCGAGCUCCAUACUAAAGGAACAGGCUGUGGGAAGGGAUCAUAGAAUCUUUUCUUCUUAAAGUCAUUCUCUGCCUGCAUCCAGCCCCUUGCCCUCUCUUCACAGCUAGAUCAUUUUUUUUUUUUUUUUUUUUUGCAGGGUGCUGCCUAUGGGCCCUCUGCUCCCCAAUGCCUUAGAGAGAGGAGGGGACGGGACGGCCGCUCACCGGAAGGCUGUCUGCAGGGACAUCCGAGGCGGUGGUGGACAGGAAAGACUUUGGAAGGGGAGCGAGAAAUUGCUUUUUCUCUUCCUCCCCGGGCAGAAUGUAGCUUUUCUGCUUCACUGUGGCAGCCUUCUCCCUGGAUCCUUAAAUCCCAGAGGAGGGAAGAAAAUUUGCAGUGACUGAAAACAGUAAACAAAAAAAAUUUUUUAUGUAUAUAAAAGUUCCAUUACACAGUACAAAAUAGAUGGAUAAUGUUUAUCCUUUAUUUUUCUAUGUAGUUUUUGAAUUUGUGUGUGUGCUUGUGCGUGUCUACACCUAGUAUUGCAGCUGGGACUCUCCAGCUGUUUUUGUUGUUCUUGUUUUGUUUUUAAAUGAGAGGGUUGAAUUCUUCCAUCAGGUGAACGAAAAAGGCACCAAAGUAAUAAAUCACUGAAUGUGACCUGCAGCUGUGUUUAGCCCCUCCAGAUGGAAGUUUCACUUGAAUGUAAAAUAAUAAAGUUUAUAUUUUGAAUUUCUCUUUUGAUGGGGGAAAAAAAGGUACGUUAAAAAAAAAAUUCAAAAUAAUGAUAUGUCACUUACAGCUACCUUUUUUUUUUCUUUUAAAUUCAAUCAGCCACCUUCAUGUGCCUUUUUCCUUUGUCUUUCCCCCAAAUUCCAGGACCAGAGAUCUGGCCCUGGCCCAUUUUCUCUUGCUGUGUAUACACCUGCCUACAUGCCGGGUGGCAGGAUCUCGCCCGCUGGAGGGUGGUGGAGCCCAGCAGAAUUAGGGUGAUGGACAUAAACCUGCUGAGACCGCUUCCUCCCCUUGUGAGUGAUGUGAAUGCCUGCCUUCCCGGGCCAGCACUUAGAAGCCCUUGAUAGGCAGCAUUUGGCGGCUUGUGGCGCAGGUGUUUGGGGUAAAUCCUGCCUUCAUCCUAGGACUUACUUCUGCAUCAGCCUUUUAACUCAGUCACUUCAGGUAACGUGAUCUAUGUGUGUUUUGACUGAAUCUCAUCUCCUGUGUUUCCCUGUGCAGUCUAGGGAAACAUGUCUCCGGUCUUUGUCUGUCCCCCUGUCUUGUCCCAACCAUUAAUUCCAAUGUCACAGCUUCUCAUCGCAUGUGACAAGAGCCAGGCCUAUCUGCUAGGGCCCUGUGGCUGAGGUCUCACCUGGACCCUCAUGCCUGAGUCAGAAGACCUCUCUCCAGAAGUCAUUCUGCAUCCUCGUCUGCUCUGUGUCACCCGAGAACACAGGCCUCGCAGCCUCGCUUUCUGAAAUGGUAUGUGCUGAGUCAGAUUGCCGCCCAGAGAAAAUACAAGCCCGUUUUCCCUACCUGUGCCAUUUGUUGCUCUGCCAGUCUGCCGUGCAAGGGGAUACUGAUGAGACGAGCUGCACUGUCUCCGAUUUGGAGCCCUCACCAGAGCUUGUCUUUGAAAAUGAGCAGGAAGCUCAUGUGUGUUUGCAUUUCACUGAGCCGGGUCCUGACCUGCCGCCACCCACCAUGGUCAGUGUGGUGCAUCUCACCGAGGAGGUGCAGGCCUGGAUUCUUUUGAGUGGUGCUACUGCCUAGGAAGUAACUGCCUAGGAAGUAACACGUGGAGAAUUUCCAUCCUGGGACCAUGCACACAGUGCCUUGGGGCGUAGAUUUUGCCCUAAAAGCGAUGAGGAAUUUUAUCAGUCAGUUGACUUUUUCAGAUCAGGGAUGGGAAAGAGUCAAACUGGGUACCUCCCACGUGUACCCUGUCAACAGCCCCUUGAAGCUGGGUUGUGGGGCUUGGCUGCUGUCCGGUCCCAUCUGGGGGUUAAUACCUCCUCUCUGCUCUGCCCCCUACACCCCAAAACCAGUUGCAGCCUCAGUCCACAUGAGGAUGCAGAAAGCCGUAGAGUCCACGAUGCUGCUGAAAAUGUUUACAUCUGCGCUUUCAACCUGCCUUGGGUUUGUGUUAAAUGGUGGUAAAUUCUGCAAAUGGAGGGGAAAAAAUCAAAUUCUAAAUUUCAAAGUAGAAUUUAAAGCAAAUUGUAAAAAGUUUAUCCUAACACCUCUUUUGGUCCACUUAAGAUAUGCCACACUGAAGCAAGGUAUUUCCUACUGGAUUUUGGUUUCACUGGUGUUUAGAAAAGAAACUUGAUUUCUCUAGGAGCACUCCUUUGGUUAGGGGGAUGCAAGAAGGAGAGGUGAAGGCUGAGUGCGGUGGCUCACGCCUGUAAUCCCAGCACUUUGGGGAGGCCGAGGCAGGCGGAUCACUUGAGGCUAGCAGUUUGAGACCAGCCUGGCCAACAUGGUGAAACCCUAUCUCUACUAAAAAUACAAAAAAUUAGCUGGGCGUGGUGGCAGGCAUCUGUAAUCCCAGUUACUUGGGAGACUGAGGCAAGAGAAUUGCUUGAACCCAGGAGGUGGAGGUUGCAGGGAGCUGAGAUUGUGCCACUGCACUUCAGCCUGGGCGACAAAGUGAGACUCUGUCUCAAAAAAUAAAUGAAUAAAUUAAAAAAAAAAAAAAAACAAAACAGAAGAAAAGGCAAAAACCGGAACCUGGAGUUCUGUGGGCCCGGAUUGCAGGCCCCUCCCUGUGUGAUGAGGGAUGGGUCAGCUGGGGAAACCACAUGGCCAGCCUGCAUGCCUGGUCAUCAGGAGGUCAUCAGGAGGUUGAAGAAAUCCUUGAAAGUUGUGAAGCACUAAGCAGAUACAAGUGUUCAUUAAUUUUGUAGAAAUGAACUUUCCUCUCUGGCCUUUAUCUCCAACGUUGGUAUUGUUGCCCCAUGCAGACUGCAGUUUGGUUUUUGAUUGUGACUUUGACGUUGCAAAGUGCGAAAUAGUAAGUGGCCUCCCCACCCCGCCAUCCCACCCUGGUGACCAACUCAGUAUAAUCAUGGCACGUACUGAGUCAUUGGUGUCUUUGGAGUGACCUCGGCAGCCAGUCAGUGUCACCUGGGUACAGGACCCGUACUUUUAUGUGGUGUGUGUGUGAGUAGCUCUUCUGCCCAAACCAUGAUCUGAGGUUCAACUACCUGUAGAUUAAAGCUUUAUACAAUAAACUGAUAUUUUCCAAAUGGGUGAAAUCUUUCCCUCAUGAUAUGUUUUCUUAACUUUGCAUUGAAUCUAUUUACUGGGUUACAUUCUAUGUGUAGUUUGUUUUUUUCAUUUUUUUUCUUUUAAAAUGCUUAUGUCUUAUUCCAAGCAUCUUCCUCCAAAGUCCCCAUAAAGCUGCAUCUCCAACACAUUGUUAUGCCAAUAAGGUUUUAUUUAACUUUAUUUAAGGAUGAUUGUGUCUUCGAAUGACAAAUGUAUGUACUGCUGCUUCCUCCCUGCAAGACGCACAAUGUAUGUUUUAAGGGUGAGCAAGUGUUAUUUCUUACAUUUCUCAAAUGCCUGUAGUAACUGUUGUUUCUGCCUCUCAAUUGUUGCCAGCUCUUUGAAGAAGGGGAGAAUUGUGUGUUUUUGUGUGGGGAUGUUUCUGAUAUGCUGCUACAGUUACAACACUGGAGCUAGAGAAAAUAAAGUACUGAUCUUCGAA